UAGCAUCUGUUUGCAUUUGCUCCAGGGUUGCUGCAGAUUCUGCAGCAGUCUGAUAGUUUAGCCUGUUUGCAAGUCUUUGCUGCUUGCAGCCUGCAAAUGUAUCAUUUUGUUCUGGAGACCGCCCCUUUUCCUGGGGAUAGAAGGCUCCAUUUUGAGAAGCCUAUUCUGCCUUCUAGACUGAAGGAGAAACAACAUAGAUGUGCUUGUGUGGCCAAGCCAGGCCAACUCUGAAAAGGCCAUCGCCAUUUACACAUCUCUAUCAGCAUAUUGCAGCCUUGGCGUUUUCUGUAAAAGAGACCAACGAAAACCAACAACUCUUACCCAAUCUCACCCUGGGUUUCCACAUCUAUAACAACCAUUUCACUGAAAUCGGGACCUACCUUGCUGCAAUGGACCUUUUGUCUAGACGGCGCAAAUUCGCGGUCAACUACAAAUGUGAGACUGAGAAUCUUCCAGCAGCAGUGAUUUCAGGAUCCAUCACUGACUAUUGUCUUCACUUGGCAACUAUCCUGUGUAUAUACAAGAUGCCACAACUUAUCUUUGGAUCGUCUCCUGUGGUGAAUAAUGAAGUACAAGGUCUUUUCUUCCACCGGAUGUUUCCAAAAAUUAGUGAUCACUAUGAAGGGAUUGUCCAGUUACUCCUGCAUUUCAACUGGAUAUGGAUUGGAGUAAUUUCUUUGUAUGAUGACACUGGAGAAGGAUUUGUUCAAAAUGUUCUUCCUAUGUUUACUCAGAAGGGCAUUUGUUUUCAUUUCGUAGCAAGAUUACCCAAAAUUGAUUUUACUAAUACAUAUAAUAGAUUCAUAAAGGAAUGUCAUGAAAUGAUCACAGUUGUUAUAGAAAGCACUGCCAAUGUGAUUGUUGUGCAUGGUGAAAGCCAUACUAUUAUUGUUAUAAGAAUGAUGAUAUAUGUUGAAGAACUAGAGGACACACCCCUGCAAAUCAGCACAAAAGUGUGGGUUAUGACAGCUCAGAUGGAGUUUGCAAUGUUUCCUUUUGCAACAGACUGGGAAAUUGAUUUCCUUCAUGGGGCUAUAUCCUUUGAGGUUCAUUCUAAGGCCCUUUCAGGAUUCAGACAUUUUCUUCAGACAAGAAAUCCUCUCUCAGCAAAAAAAGACAAGUUUCUGUGGACUUUCUGGGAAGAAGUAUUUAACUGCGACAUGCCCCGUCCUUCAUUAGACAAGGAUAAUAUGUUCUGCACCGGAAAGGAGAAGCUAGAGACUCUUCCUGUUUCUGUUUUUGAAAUGAGCAUGACCAGCCACAGCUACAGCAUCUACAAUGCUGUCUAUGCCAUUGCACAUGCUUUGCAGGCCAUAUAUUCAUCUAAAUUGAAACGCAGAACAAUGCCGAAUGGUGCGGGAAAGCAACCUUGGAAUAUACAUCCAUGGCAGCUCCACCAGUUUCUGAGAAGGGUCGCAUUCAACAAUAGUGCUGGGGAAGAGGUUUCCUUCAAUCAAAAUGGGGAAUUAUUAUCAGGAUUUGAUAUUAUCAACUGGGUCACAUUUCCAAAUCAGUCUUUUGUUAAAAUAAAAGUUGGUACAAUGGAACCUCAGGCUCCUGUGGACAAGAGGUUUUUCAUUCAAGAUGAUGUCAUUGUGUGGCCCAGGAUCUUCAAGCAGGCACUACCCCUCUCUAGAUGUAACAAUAAAUGCCAGUUGGGCUUUCAUAAAAGAAAGAAGGAAGGAGAGCAGUUUUGCUGCUAUGACUGCAUUCCAUGUCCAGAGGGCAAGGUUUCAAACCACACAGAUGCCGAUGAAUGUUUUGAAUGCCCUGGUUAUCGGUAUCCAAACAAUGACAAGGAUGGAUGUCUCCCAAAAGAAAUCACGUUUUUGUCUUUUGAAGAGCCUCUGGGCAUCGUUUUAGCCGUAUUUGCUCUGAAAUUUUCUCUCAUCACAGUUUUCAUUCUUGGCAUCUUCAUAAAGUACAGGGACACUCCCAUUGUCAAAGCAAACAAUAAGAACCUCACCUACAUUCUUUUAACUUCCCUCCUGCUUUCCUUCCUUUGUGCUCUGCUAUUCAUUGGCCAACCAGGAAAGGUGGCUUGCCUCCUUCAACAAACUGCUUUUGGUGUGAUUUUCUCAGUGGCACUUUCCUCCAUUUUGGCCAAAACCAUCACUGUCAUUCUGGCUUUCGUAGCCACAAAGCCCGGGUCCAGGAUAAGGCAAUGGAUGGGGAAGCGAUUGGCAUAUUCCAUUGUUCUUUCUUGCUCCCUUACCCAAGCAGCUGUUAGCAUUGCAUGGUUGGCAAUCUCCCCUCCAUUCCCAGACCUUGACAUGUACUCAGUGAGUCAAAAAAUUGUACUCAAAUGCAAUGAAGAUUCAGGCACUAUGCUUUAUUCUCUUUUGGGUUUCCUGGGUUUCCUAGCUCUUGUCAGCCUCACUUUGGCUUUCUUAGCCAGGAAGUUGCCUGACAGUUUUAAUGAAGCCAAGUUUAUCACCUUCAGCAUGUUGGUCUUUUGCAGUGUUUGGCUGUGUUUCAUUCCAACAUAUUUGAGCACGAGGGCCAAAAGUAUGGUGGCUGUGGAGAUUUUCUCUAUUUUGGCUUCCAGUUUUGGUUUAUUGAUCUGUAUCUUCUCACCAAAAUGCUACGUUAUUUUGCUGAAGCCUGAAUUGAACAGCAAGGAGCAGCUAAUAAAAAGGAUCUGAAAAAUUUACCUCGCUUUCAAAUACUGUUAAUGUUACCUGCCAUCCAACCCCACUUCAUUCGUUUGUACAUAACUAGAUCUUAGAAUUUUUUUCAAGAUAAUUGUAUCAUUGAAUGGAACAUACUUUAUAGAUUAUUCAGAAUUUGGUAUUUCAGAAGCAGUUCACACUUAAUCUUUUGGCAAUAGAAUUGUUUAUGAUCGUAUAUCAAACAUGAGCUAUGCAUGUGAUGCUGCAGCAAAAGAGGCAAAUGCUAUUUUUCUGUUGAGGGGCAUAAAAGAGACCUUUCUCUGUAAUUGCUUCCAAACUGUGGAAAUCCAUCCCAUGUAAGGUUCAGUUGGCCUCCUCCCUGCUGCAUUUCAAUCAGCUGGCAAAGACUAUUGUUUUAUUCAGGCAAGCAUUUUGUUUUUAACUUAUUGUAGCAGAAGGAGCUUUCAAUGGGAAGAUCAUGGCUGUUCUUUUUAAUAUUGAAAUGAGAUUUCAAAUAGUGUUUUCUAAACAGAAUUGUGUGUGUUUCUGUACUUUUGUACGAAUGUCAUUCGGUGGAAAUUUGAUCAAAAUGCUUGCAAUUUAUCUUAAACCCUAUAGAUAAAGAUAAGGAUAUGAAAUAAAAAUAAAUAUUAAAUAAAUAUCACUUUAGAUUCUUUUGUGCUUUUUCUUCACAACUUACUAUUUCUUCUUCAAUUGUGGCCUCACCAGAAUUAUACACCAUUUACCUGGAAGCUAUGAACUAUGAGCCCUUCUACACAUGCUAAAAGACUUGUAAAGUAAUUGGGUUAAAAGGGGGGUGAGGUGGCUAAACAAUAUUUAGCCAAAGUGUGGGAGGGAUCAGGUUAAGUGCUAAAAAGCACUUGUUAAAAAGGUGCACUUUAAACCCAAUUCGGCCUGAAAAAAGCACACCUUCACAUGACUGUA